AGCUUACUCCUGGUGAAAUGCCGUUAUCGGUUAUCGUUGUUUGCCUAGAGAGCAAGCUGCUGGACAGCUGGUGGAGCCUGUCACGGCACAGGAACCUUGAUAGGUGGGCCCCCACUCAAGCUCUGCCCGGUAGGUCUAACCCUACCUUUGGCCUGAGGCCACAACUCCCACUCGCUUGCGGCGUCCCCACCCAUCCCACUUUCGGCCUAGCGCAUCUGGCUGGCCUUCACUGGCACACGGCCAAUUUUCAUCACACACAAAAAAGUCGUAGACCGACCAUCAACCAUCGCGCAGGGUAAGGAACAGCCAGACUACGCAGCAUUUUGAUCGGCUGGAGUUUGACUGAUCAAGUCUUUUUCUUUAGUUUCCUUCCUUUCCCCAGUCACUUGCGGAAAGAUGUCGUCCUUCGAGUCUGUGGUCGUGAUCGAUGGCAAGGGCCAUCUGCUUGGUCGUCUUGCCAGCAUCGUCGCCAAGCAGCUCCUCAACGGCCAGCAGAUCGUUGUUGUCCGCUGCGAGGCUCUCAACAUCUCUGGCGAGUUCUUCCGCGCCAAGCUCAAGUACCAUGCCUACCUUCGCAAGAUGACCCGGUACAACCCUACCCGCGGUGGCCCCUUCCACUUCCGCGCUCCCUCCCGCAUCUUCUACAAGGCCGUCCGUGGCAUGAUUCCCCACAAGACCGCCCGCGGUGCCGCUGCCCUUGAGCGCCUCAAGGUCUUCGAGGGUGUUCCCCCUCCCUAUGACAAGAAGAAGAAGAUGGUCGUUCCCCAGGCCCUCCGUGUCCUCAGACUCCAGCCUGGCCGCAAGUACUGCACCGUUGGCCGUCUCAGCCACGAGGUUGGCUGGAAGUACCAGGACGUUGUUGCCAGACUCGAGGAGAGACGCAAGGCGAAGGGCGCUGCCUACUACGAGCGCAAGAAGCUCGCCGCCAGACAGCUUUCCGAGGCGAAGAAGACCGCCAAGGUCGACUCCAAGACGACGGAGGCCCUUGCUGCCUUCGGUUACUAGAGAUAGUGACCAAAAUGCAUACCUUUGUCCUUUAUGCGAUUUCAUCUUAGAUUGGCGCGGUGGUUCGGGGCAUCAUCGACUUCAUAUGCGUGGCUGGGUGGAUAGGCAAUGGGCUAUCUAACAACACUAUGCGUCCCCAGGCUUGGGAGCUCAUAAAAUAACUGAGAUCAACCAAUGGACAAUGCGGUUGCAUGGAUGAAAAAGAAAGCACAAAAUACCCGGCUUUGGCAGUCUAGGCUUCGUCAGUGGUGCUAUAGGGUGUGUGCCAACGUGCCACGCCUCAUCGUUUUGACGGCCGAAUCGCCAAGGCCAUCCUUCCAUUUUACGCUGAAUGAAACGACAAUAAUCUGCACCGGUGCUGGCUCUUUCUUUGGAAUUGUGACAUAUGGGACACUGGUCAGCUGGUUGUCUCAA